AUGUCUUCCAAGGCCAAGAGGGCACGAGGAAAGCAUGGCGGGGGUGGCGUCGUCGUCGGCGGCAAAUCGGAGGAGAAAAAGGAGAGCAGCGCCAAGCGCUGUAAGAAGUGCACCGCACUACUUCCAAUGAUGUACAAGAUGAAGGACAAGCUCGCGGAGCUUCACCCGCAGUGCAACCAGUACAAAGGUUGCUGCGAGGACAUCCCUACCCUGGUGAAAGUAAUUGCACAGAGCCGAGAACCAGGAGCUCCGGCGUCAGCUCGCGAUGCCCCCCUUUGCAAGAACGCCGCCUGGGCGAACCGCACCCUCCACGGGGUCGACGAAUUCGUCUGUGCCUGCCGCGCCGGGGCACCGUCAAAGAAGGGAAGCAAGGGUGCCGCAGUCGUCGCCGCUCGUUCGGAGGUCGUCAGCGAUAAGAGGAAGGCGCUAGCACCGUCUUCGGGUGGAACUCAAGGUGCAGCCCUCACCGCCAGUCUUGGCCUUGGCAGCGACGCCGCAGGCAGCGGCAGCGGUGGCAACGAGGGCGGCAGUGGCGGGCCAAGCGGCCCUGUGGGCUCGACAGCGGCGGUGACGGCGCCAGCGCGGAAAGACAGGUCGAAAGGAGAGAAAGUACGUGACUGGACCGCUGCCGUUGCUCGGCAAAAACGAGAGAGGGGAGGACGGGGUGACGUCGAUGAGAAUGGGAAGGGAGCGGCCGGUCGGGGUGGCGGCGGCGGCGGCGGCGGCGGCAACGGUGGUGGUAGCAGCGGUGAUGUUGGUGGGGGUUGGGGAGGAUUGGAAAAGGGUGGUGAGGAUAGCGUGGAAGAAGAAGAACAAGAGGAGGAGGACCAAGCAGAGGAGGCGGCCGAGGAGUCAGGUGCGACGGCCAGAAAAAAAGACUCCUCGAGCAGCGGUGGCGGCGAUCGCAAGAAGGGCAAGGGUAAAAAGAAGAGAGGGGAAGCAGCGGAGGCGCCGGCGGUGGUGCAGCCCACCGGGGUGUUCGCGGCAGCCGCCUUCAGCUUCCUGGACGAGGGCAGCAAGGAGAAGGAAGGCGGCGAGACGACCAGCAGCGAUGACGACGACGACGACGACGACGAUAGCACCACCACCAGCGACGACAGCGACGGGAGCACCAACGGGCGGCGCCAGAAUCAACCUCGCAAGCGCGCAAGAACGGCGAACGGGGGCGCCGCCGCCGGCGGCGUAAGCUGGGGCGGCGGCGGAAGGCGCCGUCGCAGCGGCCCCGUCCCCCAGACGUCGAGCAUGCUAGCGAGGGGUUUCCGCCCCGGGGGCGAGAGCGCCGCCAGUAACGAGGACGGAGUCGAGGAAGAGGGCGGCGGCGAAGGCGACUUCGACGACGGGUGGGAGGAGGGCGAGGGGCAACAGGAGGAGGAAGAGGUGGAGUGGUAUGAGGACACGCCCGGCGACAUGGGCCGCUUGGGGUGGAGCCAGUGCCGUAAACUCCUCCUCGCCGAUACCGCUGGAUCUGCUCCUUCCUUGGAGAGCGGCGACGAGAUCCUCGGACCGAAGGGGCUAAGCGCCCUGCUUCGGCUGGAGCUGACGGGAGCGGUUUCCAUGGAAGGCGUGCUUGUGUCGGCGCUGAGGGGGAGGUCGUUGAAGCGAGACCACGGGUUUCUCGGCCGCUUGGCGCUGCAGCUCCUGUCGGGGAUCGACGCCGCACAUGCCUCGCCUCUGUCCGACCCGGAAGUGCUAAGCCUGGUCGUGGAAGAGCUGGAGGGCCUUGCGGAGAUACUCGCGGCGCCAUCGACGACGGCGCAGCUGAGGGGCUACGGCUGGGCCAGGGAGACUCGCCUCGCCCUGGAGCUCUUGUCGGAGACCCUCCUUGGCUGGAUGGACGAGCACCAGGCCAAGCGCUACUCCGGGGUCGGAGAUACCGAGAACGGGGACGAUGAGAACGAUGACCCCGGGGGUUACUCUUCCAUGAGCUUCGGAAACAGCAAGAAAAAGAAAAAGAAGAAAGCGAAGGCCAAGGGCGUUGGCGCGGGCGCUAGCGCUGGGAGUUCGACCGGGAAAGGAGGCGUCGGGGAGGAGGAGGGAGGGGACGCUUGGAGGGCGGAGGCGGAGGCUACGGUGUUAUGGUGGUGGGAGACGGACGAGGAAGCGAGGGUUCCUUGGGCCGUGGCGAGGCUUCUCGGCCUGUUGCUCAGGCGGCUGGACCAGCUCCAGCGCACCCAAGCCGUGCUCCACCCCAUCCUCGUACGCUCCCUGGGGGGACCCGCGCGCCUGCGGCGCUUCCCCCUGGCCUUCCUCGAAGCCUUCCCGGGUCUCCUCCUUCGCUCACCGCUCACCGCCGCCGGAGCCCUCGCGAACGGUCGGCACCGCGAAGGACAGGAAGAGGAUGGGGCCAAGGUUGACCAGGGUGAUGGUGUCUUGGCUCCCGGGCUGUGGCGGCGGGCUGUGGCGGCGGUUUUGUUCCCGCCGGCAGCGGGGGGCGGUGCCAAUAGCGGCUGUGGUACGGGUGUUGUUGUUGGUGGCGGCGGUGGAGGUGGAGAUGGGGCCGCGGUUGUCUCUGCGAGAUUGAAGCUGAUGUGGUUCGGUGAUGUUCGGCAGGGGCAGCAGCGUGAAGGCGGAGGGCCGGAGGAGGAGACGGCCGACGACCUGGCCGACAAGAUCCUGCAAGCCAUCGGCUCUCUUCACAGCAGCCCCCGGGCGGCUGCGAAGGCCGGAGAGGAGGGGGGGUGUGCGUUGUGCCGGAGGGGCGGCGGAGGGGAUUGCAGCGGUGGCGCUUGUGGGGGCGACGAUGCGCUCGCGAUGUCUUCGGGACUUGUCCUUGUGGCAAGGGGCGCGACGGAGGAACUUCGGGGUGGCUAG